AUGGCCCUAGUGGAGGCCAUGAUCGCGGCGCGGAUGAAGGACGUACGCGAUGAGCUCGAGUCACAAGUGAAGGGAUUGACGGAGCAGUUGGAGGCCGUGAAACGUGAGGCGAGGGACGUGACGAGCGAGGCGAGGGCAGUGAUCGAGCGGCAGGCGGCGGAGAUAGCGGACGUGAAGGCGACAGCGGCGCACAUUGACGUGUGGAUGAACGACGUGGAGCUGGCGGUGGCGGAGUGGAAGAGCGCGCGGGAGACGACGCGCGCGGAGCACAGCGACGGCAACGCGGGGGAGCAUGCAGGGGCGGAGGGGCGCGAGGGGAAAAAGAGGAAGAGGGAGGUCGAAGGGGAUGAGCUGGCAGAAUUCACUGGUGCUGCAGGAGUUGCUGCGGACGAUGGAGAUAAAAAACGGGAUGAUGGGGACAACUCGGGCUGGGAGGUUGAAUGUGAGAAGGUGAAGAAGGCGGUGGAGGAGGUGGAAAGCAGAGUGGCUAAGCUGGAGACGACGAGUGACGAAGUAAAGAAAGUGUGGGAGCACCCUCACUCGGUGCAGCACCCUCACUCUGUGCAGCGCCCUCACUCUGUGCAGCACCCUCACUCUGUGCAGCACCCUCACUCUGUGCAGCACCCUCACUCUGUGUAG